AUGACGUGCUCGACAGUAAGCAGCAUCAAGUGUGCGCGCCAUGAGAUGAGCGCGACCUCGCCCCGCUCAUGCUGUCACUCGCCAUCGUCGAUUUCCGAUGUGGAUUUCAGUGGCCGAGCGAUGAACAGCUCAUCGGUAGCAAACGACAAGCUUCAGGUCCAUGUCAGAAGAGACGCGGAAUCAGGUGAUGAGCUUGAACAGCCUGAGGCUUCCACCGGUAAUCCCGCCCUGGCUUCGGGUUCCGUUGAUAUUAACGAGGUUCUUGCCCAUCGUGUGAGCAGCUCAUCGUUGAUUAAGCGCCAAGCAGCUGCUGAUGAAGAUCCCGACCAAGCAACGGGUGACGACCCGCCACGAAAAAAACUAAAGUCCGAUAACAACCUGUCGAUGGUCCUUUCUGAAGCGGCAGACAGUGACUAUUUGCCGAGUGACUAUGAAGAGGGAGACUCUUUCGAGUGCUCGGUAUCUCGUGGCUAUGACUGUACUGCUGUUGGUGGCUGUGAAAGUGUUGAAUUGGAUGUCACUGCUGAUGUUGCAUGUAGCAGUGAGUCAACGCGUCGCCGCAGCCGUCGUACGCUUUACAUUGAGUAUUGGAGCCGAACCGGUGAGUGUAAGGAGCGCAAGUGGGAUCAUCUUGAUGAGAUUGCCAAGACUUAUGGGUCAGCUGAGGAUCAUAUUUUUGCUACUACUCUGAAGGGUAGAACUGCGUUUCUAGAACCCAAUAUGUUUCCCUAUGACACUCCUGCAGGCAUUGAGCACUGGACGCUGUGGCACGUGAAGGAUCUGAAUCAUGAACAGGUGAAGCAAUACGUGGAAAGCUGGAUUGAUGCCAAUGCGUCACAUGUCGAUCGGUGGAACUAUGAUGACAACCCGGAACGUUCCAUUGACAUUUUUCACGUGCACGUGUACCUGCAAGUGGCUGGGGAAUCCACGGUGCUGCAAGAGCGCAAAGUGGAUGAUUUGGUACACGAGCUUGACUGA